CUCGCAGCUUCUGUCUGCCUCCAACCCGUUCUCUAAACUUAGCUCCGAGACGGCGUAGUAUUAAUAGAAAACUCAGUAGCGUACACAGAAUGUAGUUUGGUACCAGCGAACGCUGUGUGUGGAGAUCUGCUGCGAUUGCGUCUGAAGGAUGUCGGAGGAUAAAAGCAGUCAAGUAGAUGGCAGCACGCAGGAACUGGCAAAACCGGUGCAGGACCAAGGGAGUCAAGCGACAAACCACAGAGACGAGGCCCAGGAGGAAAUAAAAAGACUGCAAGAACAGAUCAAGACAAAUACUGUAGAGCGGGAAGGGUUUGAGAAACGCUUGCAGCUGCAAGAGAGUGAGCUGGCAGAGUUGCGUCAGAAGCUGGCUGCUGCCACCAAGGGCAAUGACUCACUGGACGAACUGCGAGCAGCUCUGGCAAAGGCUUCGGAGCUCCUGCGUGACAAGGAUGCCGUGUGCAACAGCCAAGAGCUCAAGAACAAGGCACUCCUCAACCAGGUGUCAUCAUUGAAGGAGGUUGUAGCCCUUACAAAGGACAUGCUGAACAUCCGCAACAUGGAGGUGGAACACCUGCAGCGUGACGUAAAUGCCAUGGAGGAAAGGAUCAAGGGAGAGAGGGAGAGGUACGCAGAAGCCGUCAAGAAGAUGCAGCUCGCGACACGCCUGAAUGCUGACGUCAAAGCAGAGUACGAAAAGCAGGUCGCUCUCUUCAAUGACUUGAAGCAAAAAUAUGAAGAAAAAGUACAGUUACUCAUCAAGGAGAAUGCAAGACUGCGGGAAAACGCCGCUGCGGAAAAUGAAGAUUUUGUUGAUGCUCAUGAGGACCUCAAUGGUUCGGCAUGAAUUAUUCUUGCAUAAUAAAGGGACUGCUGGUGGUAUACAAAACUGAUGUGUGAUAUGAUGUACAACUUAUAUCUCCACAAUUGUGCUUGAUGGCCCAUUUUGAAUAAUUUGUUACUUCAUUUCUUAUACAUCAAUUUAAUAAAAACUUUGAGAACAUAA